AUGAUGCCUACCCCUUCUAUACUUGUUGUAGCUCUAUGUGCUCUAAUUCUGUAUCUAUGUCAUUGCAUCAGGUACAAUUGGUACUCAAGUCCCCUCGCUCGCCUGCCAGGUCCGCCUCUCUGGAGCGUCUCCAGACUACCUUUCAUACUGUCCUUAUGGAGAGGGCGACUUGUAUACGACGUAUUCGACAUGCACAAGAAAUAUGGAGAUGUUGUGAGAAUCGCGCCAGAUGAGGUAUCAUUUGCAAGUGGCGAAGCAUGGAAAGAUAUAUACUGCCGACGGCCCGGUCAUCAACCCUUCCUCAAGAACCCGAUCUGGUGGGGAGAGAUGGCAGGGCGCGCAGAGUCUAUUGUGAGCGUUCCCUCUUGGGAUGGCCAUGAGAAACACAGGAAGAUGAUUUCGCAUUGCUUCAGCGACCGAGCCCUCAACGACGAAGAAUCGCUGGUACAAGCUCACGUCAAUCUACUGAUAAAUACUCUUUGUGCAAAAGUCGAAGAGUCACCAACCAUGACAGCCAUGGUCAAUAUGGUAGACUGGUACUCGUUUACAACAUUCGAUAUCAUUGGAGAGCUUUGUUUCGGUGAUCGAGAAGCCUUUGGGUGCCUGAAAAACAGCAAUUAUCAUCCUUGGAUCAAACAGAUUGCAACCUAUUUCAAGUACGGGUCGCUUAUGGCUACAAUACGCUUCUAUCCUCUCCUUGCAAACAUUGUACACCGUUGUAUUCCCCGUCAUGUGUACGAUGCCCAAGAGAAAAACUAUCAAUGGGCGGUUAGGAAAGUCCGCGAAAGACUCAAUUCAGAUACUCCACAAAGGGAUUUUAUGAGCACAAUAAGUCCUUACUUGAAAGGCUUCGGAGGCGCCCGAGAUGAGAGUGGCAUUAGUAUGGCAGAGCUGGAAAGUAACUUCUAUGUGCUAGUUAAUGCUGGUAGUAGCACAUGCACCACUGUACUUUGCGGAGCAACCAGCUACUUGAUGAAGAGCCCUGAGGCUAUGCUCACAUUACGCAAAGAGCUAAGAGCACGAUUCAAGAACACUUCUGAGAUGACGUUCUCGAAGCUCGCUAAUUUACCUUAUCUCAACGCUGUCAUUGAGGAGUCUCUGAGAUUAGCUCCUCCUGUUGGAGGAGCACUCUCACAUGUUGUACCCCCUGGCGGUGAUACUGUCUGUGGUAUUUGGCUACCUGGAGGUACUCAAGUUGGCGUACACCAGUGGUCAGCAUUUCGAAACCCUUUGAAGUUCCACAACGCUGAUGCGUUCAAACCGGAGCGCUGGCUUGCUGAGAUCAAGACUGAGAAUUCUCCAUUUUUAUCAGACGAUCGUGAGACUGUAAGUGCAUUCUCAGUCGGAUCGUGGAUGUGUAUCGGUAAAAAUCUCGCCAUGGCCGAACUGCGUCUAAUAAUAUCUCGGAUGGUGUGGAGGUUCAACAUCGCUGAAGGGAGAAAUAAAGUAAUAUGGUCAGAGCAGAAGCAAUAUGUGCAGAUGGAGUUGGACAACCUCGAAGUUGAGUUGUCUAUGCUAGAAGAAUGA